AUGGUUUCCGGCCCCUUUGACUACGGACCAGCCACCUGUCACGUCGGGGCCGACAAGCGCCGUGUCAACAAUUCGAUUGCCGCCCAUUCGAGAACCACCCGUUCGGGAGCCGACAACCCCAGCGCCGCCAGCUUGGGCGCCGAGGAUGCUUAUCUCAUCAGCGAUGGCAGCAUUCGUGAAGACUUCAAGCAAUACAAUGAAGGGCGCAAGCUGGUGCUGAGAUACCAAACUCCGCGACGGCCUUAUGGUCUAUCAGAAUAUCCUAACCCUCCUGGAAUCGAGAGCGAUGAUAAGGCUCUGUCAAAAGAAGAGAUAGAACUGACACGUACUGCCCUAGUUUACCACGAUCGCUACAUCAGCGAUCACACCCCUGGUCCAGUCGAGGCCAAAGUCGAUCUUACGGUUGUGGACAACAUAUCUGGCGGUGUUGGUGCCGGCACUCAGAUACUUCUCUGUAAAGUUGAGGAUACCCAGUACGAUGGAGACACAGAAAUUUGCAACAAUGGAAAGAUGCAAUCAGACUCGUCGAUCCGCCACUUCUUCAACGACACGGCCAGGCGUGUGAAGCAGGCAUGCGAUGCCAUACUUUCCCCUUGGCGCCAGGAUGCGGAGAAUGCAGGCGAUGCUGGUCCUUCGGAAGACCAGAAACAAGAGAAGUCUGUCCUCAGCGAACGCCCAACCUUAAUCGGAGACCGCUUGGUUCUAGGCCAACUUGUGGUUGUCAAGGUCUACGACGCAAUGUUCUAUCCUGGCGGAAUGCACCAAGGUCUCUGGAAGGCAACCUCCAUCGCUGACCAGGAGCACAGCCGCGAGGCUGGUACUUACUCUCAUCUCUGGACUGAGAAUAAGACCGGCAAGCUGCAGAUCACGCCGCAGUUUUACGGCUCAUGGGCGAUCGAACUUACGACUGUCAACCAGCAGGUCUCGCAGAAGAAACGAUUUGCUCGUUCCAUUAUGAUCGAACACGUCAAAGGGAGACCUGAAAUGGCCGAUGGCACAGAGUUCAUUUUCGACGAGGACUUCCGCCUGGGUGUCCUACAGCGAUUGAUAGACGGCUACGUCAAUCUUCUUCAUGUGGGCGUCUGGCUGCGUAUCGAUCCAGAGGAUGUUCUCUUAACAGGAAAGGAUGGCGACGUACUCCUGGAUAAGCCCCGGGUUGUCCUUAUCGACUACGUCAACGCCCGAAUUGACUCACAGUUUAAAAAGCCGAACAACAUCUACCAACCGUGGAAGAUGCCCCCUCAUCCCUUUGGAGAGUUCAGUAUGGAGAAGAUGAUACACUUCUCAGGCUGGUAUAACCACCUCUGGACAACACACCAUUUCGACAGAUGGAUGAAGCAGGUGUUUGGCCAGUUGGACGACCCAAGAUACACAAGUCCCAUGGUGUCCAAAGCAUUCAUCGACGAGAUCGGAACAGAGGAUACAGGUCUUCCGGCAUAG